AUGGGUUUUAAGGGUAACAACAUAGCCGUAGAGAAUUCUGACAUAGUCGUCCUUAACGGAGGUUUUGUGUCUUUUUUUUCUGUCCUACAAAUUUGGAGAGGGAUUUAUGAUAACAUCAGAGUUUUCAUUCAGUUUCUGCUUGCUGCAAACUUAGCCUCCUUGGUGACAGACUUCGUUUCCAUAAUUUCGACAGAUCAACCGCCAACAAUUAAUAUUUUGACAGGUAUUUCUGUUCAAGAAAUCCCAUACGCAGUGCUGCAAAUACUGUGGUUGAAGCUCAUCAUUGGUACUUUAGCUGUUCUCGCCAUAGUGGUGGAGCGAAAAACAACAGACGAGUUCAUGCGGGAGCAGCAGCCUGCAAGGCCUAACCAACCACUCAUCAGCAACGAAAUUCUCAAAAACAUACUCAUUCAUGCCUCUCAUGAGAUAGCUGUCCUCUUAACCUUCCAAUUCAAAGGCGAAAAUCUAUUGGCUAUCGAUGGCAAUGUGAAAGACACGUUCGUCUUUAAUCUGUUGGUUUUGUUCCAAGUCUUUGCUGUUCUGAAAGCAAGGAAGCUUGAUGGAAGAGGUAUAUUUAAAGGAACAGGGAGGACGAAAUUGUUUUGGGGAAUAAUUUUUGGCAUUGUGAUUCUUCAAGUGGUGAUGGUCAAGAGUCUAGCAAUUGCUACAGGAGGAGGAGAUUUAAACAUGUGGCAAUGGGGUGCAUCUGUUGGCAUUGCCUUCACCUCAUGGCCAAUACAGUAUAUAGGCAGCAAGCUCAUUGUUGUCUCUCAAGAGCCAUUCAUUUGUAAUGUCCUUUGA